GUCUGUGGCCGUGUCACUUCGGAAUACUCGCCCACGAGACUUCGUUUCGACUUUCAAUCUUUGCUUCCGCGUUUGCCCUUGGAACGCAACUCGUUGCGGCUUGGCAAGCCGGCGCUGUAGGGUUGAGUCAUUCGCCGGUUGAGCCGCCCACCCCGCCUACAUAUUCAAGCUCCUCAUUCAUCUCAUCUCUCUCCUCCAACGCAACUCUCCAAAAUGGCUUCCUACAAUGUUCUCGUGACUGGCUCGUCCGGCCACCUCGGUACUGCUCUCAUGCUUGCGCUGCCGGCGUUGGGCUUCACACCUCUUGGCAUCGACAUCUUAGCUUCCGAUAACACUCACCACAUCGGGUCGAUCUCGGAUCGGGAAUUUGUGGCCUCGAUCCUGGAAAAGAACCCCAUUCGACACGUCCUUCACGCUGCGACUCUCCACAAACCUCAUGUUGAAAGCCACUCCAAGCAGGACUUUAUCGACACCAACAUCUCGGGGACCUUGGUUCUGCUGGAGGAGGCUGCCAAGAAGCAAGUCGACAGCUUCGUUUUCUUCAGCACAACAAGCAGCUUUGGCGCCGCACUGAGCCCCAAACCAGGAUCGCCUGCCGCUUGGAUCGAAGAGUCAGUCGUUCCCAUCCCUAAAAACAUCUAUGGCGCCACCAAGGUUGCCGCCGAGGACAUGUGCUUUCUUGUGCACAAGCAGACCAACAUGCCGGUCUUGGUCCUCCGCACGAGCCGCUUCUUCCCUGAGCAGGACGACGACGAAGACCGGAGAACUGCCCUCGCGGAUGACAACUUGAAGGUUCUCGAGCUAGCCUACCGCAGAUGCGACAUUGAGGAUAUGGUCCGCGCGUCCGUCUGCGCCAUGGCCAAGGCCAAGGACAUUGGAUGGGGCAAGUACGUUAUCAGCGCACCGCCUCCCUUUGCCAACGACCCCGAGACACUGCGCAAGCUCGACAGCAACCCGAAGGAAGUCUUUGAGGCCGUCGUUCCCGCUUGCGAAAAGGUUUUCCGCGACCUCAACUGGGGAUACCUGGCCAGAAUCGACCGGGUCUACGACUCCAGCAAGGCUGUUCGAGAUCUUGAAUGGAAGCCAGAGUACACAUUCGAAAAGGCUGUCGGUUUGAUCGAACAGGGGAAGCCAUGGAAGAGCGAGUUGACUGGAAAGGUCGGCAAGAGAGGAUAUCACGCAGUCAGCACGGGGGUGUAUACUGUGCGGUGAUUAGCAGUAGUCACCGUAAAGACGCACGACGCACAAUUCAGGAGACAGAUUAUCUUAAAUAUAGAGGAUUCUUGUAGAACUCACCCAGUCAAUUGUUCGUGCAUCAAGAUCGCAUGUCUAAGUGACGCCGUGAUCUCAUCCAACAAGAUUCACGGAGUCAAGAAUUAAUGUAUCAACAAAUACUAG